AUGGCAUACGCUCCAUCCCCUCGCUUUUGGGUAACCCUCUUUCGCACGUUGCUCAAUACCUUUAUCCAUUCCGCUGGAGACGAUCCGCUGCUUGCACAAGCUCAUUCCAUAUGGCAGCAUGAGCCUACACAUUCCGAUAAUGUAUUGGUGAUGGUACCUAUUGUUGUCGGAAUCAUUCUGAGCGGGCUGAUCCGGUAUAUCCUUGGACAUGUUUUAAUGUCUAUUCUCAUACUUGAAAGUGUGAAGAAUCAGGCUUCCGGCUACAUUUCUGAACUGAGCGACAAGAAGCCUGGUCCAUCCAGCCGUCACCUACUCCAAACCAUCGCCACCCUCUACGGCAAGGGUAAUUUCCGUCUCCUCCUGAAUGGCAUUGGCUCCGCCUCCAGCUAUUGGGUAAAGCACUUGUGCAUGAAGCAAUUGCUAAUGAAAGCAUUAUUCCUUCCUGGCCCGGUCGCGUAUGUCGUAUCCUCGGUGCUGCUCGCUGAAUCCCACUUCCUGUGGACAGCGCGCACCAUACUUCCACGCGACCAGCAGCACUUCGUGCCAAAUUCUUCCGAUCGCCAACGAUGGAAAGCUUUGGUGCCGGCCACAGCUCUACAUGCGGUCGCUGAAUCGUUCAUGAUGCAUGUACCUGCCAUGUUUGACAGCGACCUCGUCCCAUCCGCUAGCACAGAUGUCACGAAAGCGUACUUGUCGGGUAUUGUGGGGUCUGACAUCUUAGUGUCGGGAGUCAUGCUCGCCGCACAGCUGUUGCUUCUCUCCCCUUCGUUUAUAGCGUUGAUUCUCGUUCAGACCAGUAUGUUGCCGUCUGCAUGUGAGACGCUGGUCUCUGCGCCGCGGAACCAGCGGCGACAGCAGCAGCAGCAGCGGGGUAGUCGUGUUGGAGAGAUUUUCGCAGCGUUCAAGAAAGACCCGCUUCAGGUACAGGACGUGGUGAAGAUCAUUAAGACAAGGCAUGUGUUGUGGUGUGUUGAGUCGCAAAAUCGUGCUUGUGUCUGGUUGGGGUUUCUGCUGUGGUGCAUGUGGCUGUUUAUAAUAUGA